CGAAAAGGGAUCACCAACCCCCCACUAACAACAACGUCCCCUCUCAUUCAUUUUUUCCCAUUGCUCCCUCUUUCGCUUCGCCGACCGACAAUGCUCGCUCUGAAGCGUCUAUCAACCUUCCGUGUAGCCUCCGUGACUCGCGGGUAUUCGACCUCCUCCGGCUACGCUUCUACUGCGAAGAAUUUGCUCAUUAACGCUGAUACUAAGGUUAUCUUUCAAGGAUUUACCGGAAAACAGGGAACGUUCCAUGCGCAACAGGCGAUUGAGUAUGGUACGAAUGUUGUUGGCGGGAUUAGUCCGAGGAAGGCCGGAAGCCAGCAUUUGGAUCGUCCGGUUUUUGGUACUGUGAAGGAUGCUAUCAGCAAGGUCGGAGCCGAUGCUAGCGCUAUAUUCGUUCCACCUCCGGUCGCGGCAAAGUCUAUCGAGGAGGCCAUCGAGGCGGAGAUCAAGCUUGUUGUUUGUAUCACUGAGGGGAUUCCUCAGAAUGACAUGGUCCGGGUUGUGGAUAUGUUGAAGACGCAGAACAAGACCAGAUUAGUGGGACCGAACUGCCCCGGAAUCAUUUCCCCAGGCCAGUGCAAGAUUGGUAUUAUGCCGGGUUUCAUCCACAAGAGAGGCAGGAUCGGUGUUGUCUCUAGAUCUGGAACUCUAACCUACGAGGCUGUAAACCAAACUACUCAGGUUGGACUUGGCCAAAGCUUGGUUAUUGGUAUCGGAGGUGAUCCAUUCUCCGGAACCUCUUUCACUGAUGCCUUGAGUGUUUUCUUGGGAGAUGAUGAAACCGAUGGAAUCAUCAUGAUCGGUGAAAUCGGAGGUUCCGCAGAAGAAGAUGCUGCGGAUUACCUGAAAGCCAACAACCCCAAAAACAAGCCCAUCGUAUCAUUCAUCGCCGGCAUCUCCGCGCCACCAGGGAGGCGGAUGGGGCACGCCGGUGCCAUCGUCAGCGGCGGCAAGGGAGGGGCCGAGUCUAAGAUCUCGGCACUCGAGGAUGCUGGCGCCAUUGUCGAGCGUAGCCCCGCCUCCCUCGGAAAGAGUCUUUACGAACAAUUUGUAAAGCGUGACUUGUUGUGAGCUGGAAUUGGAGAUUGGGUGGUAAUUCUUAUGUUAUAGAGAUGUUUGGGAUUUGGAAGGACGGGAUAGGGGCCUUCCUGUAACUUAGCGGUAACAAAAUACACCUGUUCUUCUGGGGUGAUCUGAGUGAUGGUCAUGAGAUGUCACUCGGAGUUUUAUUGGGUUUUGGUUCCUUUCCGUAUGGUAACUGGUUUCUUUCACUACUUGGCUUUUCUUCGCUACUACUAUACUUGUUGUCGUUAGAUUUCACUCGACUCUUUCUCAUCUCUUCUCCGUCCUUCCCUCAGCUUCACGACCAUGCUUUAUUCAACUAUGGUACGCCGCUUUCUUAUUUGCCAUCUCGUUCUGUUUUCUUUCUUCCUGUGUUUUGCAUAUAUUGUGGAACCGGGCCUUUCGUUUCGUUUAGCCUCUCCUUUCCCCUUCUUACUCCCUUGAUCGGCGACACACCACUUGUAGACUAGGUGCAGUUGACGAUCGAGCUUCCUUUCUCCUUCUCAAGCCAUACACAACUACAAUUGCUUCGAGCG